CUGCUGUUUCAAAGUUCACCUGCCCGGAGGAAUGCAAAGAAUAUCUUUCAAGACUUCAGCUGAGUUUUAUACCAGCCGAUGUUCGAAGUUGAACACCCGACAAUUUCGUCUGAAGCAUACUCCGUACAUAUAUGGUAACAUCUAAAGUUGUUGUGCACAAUAUUUCACACUCCAUGCUCGUUGUGUAUGUGAAAACUGUUUUGAAAGAGGAUUUCAAAGCAAGCAUAAUGGUUAUCAAAAAUUGAUCGAGUUCCUGAGUCUUCCCGGCCACCUCCACGAGUGUAAUCAAAAUUCCUACAUCCCAUUUCGUUACUUGCAACGGACAUAGACCUGAGUGGCUGCCAGCUUAUCAGACUUCUCUUUGGCAGCUUUUUUGCCGUCUCAAGAUAUGCAAAAGCUUUCUAUGCUGAAAAAUAGCACGAAGUCGUCUUCUAGCACGCAUAUCUUUGGUGACAGAUUUACUAUCGAUUCUACACUUAAGUACCAUUCAAGCCUCAUCAGUGAGUAGUUUCUCGGAGCAGAGUAGCUGACGGAAAUCGAAAGCUAAAUCGAGCAAUAUCACCAGUAUCGAGAUUUAUGCUAAAGACUUGGCCCCUGUCCGGGAAGGCACGCAAGAGGUCAGUAAAUCUCCGUCGGAAGAAUCAUUAUUUAUCCCUUUGACUUGGGUCUCACCAGUAAUAGCGGAGAUGCUUGACUUGAUUGCUUCUCGCCUGCUGAUAAGCUUCAUUUCUCAUGGAAUGUUUUGUAAAUCACGAACAUCUUGGUUGUCGCGCUCCAAGAAUGCUUGGAAAUUCACAUUACAUAUUUCGCGUAAGUCUUGAAUAUGCACGCGCUGGGGGGGCGGCUAGGCCAAUAUAUCUGCUUAAAAGCUUGCCGGCCCAUCUACUUGACUAUGGUGGUUUUUUACACUUGGCAAGGUACGGUGCUUCGUGUGCUUUUUCUUUCUUCGCUGCGCUCUCUCAUUUGCGCAUCUCUUUUCAUAACCGGUUAUUCAUUAAAUUGUCCUUUUUCGGACUGUCACAAUCUUUUAACGUUCAGAAUGUUUCUUCGCAAUGCAGCAGUUUGGGCUGCGGCUCUGAGUAUCAUCGUUUCGACUGGUUUGAGUGAAAAUUCUGGUCUUGGUGAUAAGGUAGCUAGAGCAGAAGGAGAGGCCGACGUGUAAGUUCUGGAUGGAGACGUCAAGUAUUUAGGGAAGGAAGUUGUUAAUAAUGACUUGUAUUGUACAGAGCGAAACGCUUCCUGUUUUCUCCACAAUCCGGUGAUUCAGAUAGCCCAACAAUUGGCAACCUUGUGAACGCUCCAGGAGAUCUAGAUGAUGAAUCUCUCUCCGACUUCAUCUCGCAAUUUUUUGGUGGUGGAGGCGGGAACUCAGGCUCGGGAGGUGCUUCUGGGGGAUCAAAUAAUCCUGGUGGUGGAGGCUCCAAUAGUCCAGGAGGUAACAAUCCGGGAAACAAUAACCCCGGGAAUAACAAUCCAGGGAACAACGGUCCUGCGAACGGAGGUUCAAACGGAUUUUCUAACUUUCCUGGCUUCCCUGGCUUUGGGAAUGGUGGUGGUUCAAACAACAACCAGGGGAGCAACAAUCCGGGGAGCAACAAUCCGGGGAGCAACAAUCCGGGGAGCAACAAUCCGGGGAGCAACAAUCCAGGGAACAACAAUCCGGGAAACAAUAACCCAAAGAGCAAUAACCCGGGGAAUAAUGCCCCUAGCAAUGGAGGCUCAAACGGAUUUCCCGGCUUUCCAAACUUCCGGGCUUUCCUGGCUUUGGUAACAAUGGCGGAUCAAACAACAAUCGAGGCAACAACGAUGGUGCAAAUGGUGGACAAUGGUCACCCUCCACUCCACUCUUCCAAUUUCUUCAGGGCGAAGGAGUCAAUAGAUAUUAUUGCUCCCAGUAUCUUAGGGGUUUGAAUGAUGCUGCUCUUGCCGAUUUCUUACGCAGAGCCGUCUAUCUUUGAGUUUGAAGAAGAGGCUGCUAAUGAUGAAAUCUCAAUCGGUGAUUUCCUUAGCUUCCCGGACGCGCUUUCACGCUAUGACUUCCUACGAUUGCUGGGCUUCCUAUGGAUUAUUGGAUUCCCAUACCCGUCUGUAUCUCCAACAGUAUCGAAGCUAAUAAGUACGAGCACAUCAUCUUCCACGACCAAUGCCGAUCUUGGAGCUUCCACAACAACGAGCAGACCCACGCCAUACAUUCUUCCAAGCCCUUCAACUCGAACUACUCGAAGCAGUAAAACGACCAGGCUCGGGGGUCCUUCAACUUCUUCGACCCGGACAAGUCGAACUAGCAGCACAAGUCGAAGUAGUACAACCGGACUCGGAGGCCUUUCGACUACAACUCGAACUAGUACAACCAGGCUUGGAGGCCCUUCAACUUCCUCGACACGUACCGGAAGCACUUCGACUACGAAAUCAUUGAAAACCUCAACCAGUACAAACUUAGGAGCAACUCCCAUAUCAUCUAGCACUAGAUCUUCUACUGCAUCAUCAACAACUAGACCACUUGCUACUACCAGUAAAUCAUCGAGCUCCUCAGCUCGCUCUAGCUCUAGCUCUAGCUCUGUAUGUCUCCUCCUGCUAUUUCCAAUGGAUACUAAUUUGGCCAGUCGACACGAUUGAAUGCUCUGUCGACGAGUUCUUCUACCAGGUCUAGUCGCAGUUCCGUACGUUCCCUUCCAUACCUACUACGGUGAAAUUAAUGCUAACAAAUUGGUAGUCACUGUCAUCCUGCCGUAGUACUAUGCUUGUAGGUUUAGGGACCAGCUCUACUACGUCUCGGGUAAUAAUAUUUUUCCUUGCCACAUCUACGACGCGAUAUGGCGAUAUGAUACUAAUAUAUGUAUAGAGGUCUUCCACUUCCUCCAGAAGUACCAGCUUAAAGCUAGGCGUUAGCUCCAGUACAACACUGGUAGUAAAAUUCUUUAUAUCCCCCUGGUGCUUUUGAUAUGACAUACGAAUGCUGAUUUCUAUAGACUUCCUCCUCUUCCUCCCGCAGUUCCCCGGUGACUAGCUUUAAGUGUUAGUACUACAUCGACUAAGGUAAAACAUUCUUCCUAAUUUAGCUUCGCUCUCAAUGAGAAUCUACAAAUGCUAAUGUUUUAAAGAAAUCAUCCUCUUCCUCUAGUCGUAGCAGUACUUCAGCUGUGGGUUUAGCGCCUAGCUCUACUACAUCCCGGGUAAACAUUCUUCACCUCACACUGUCUUAUGAUAUUGUUUCAUAGGUCACAUUAUUUCUAACAUAGCAUAGUCAUCUUUCUCCAGUAGAUCAUCUUCAACGCUUCUAGCCGUCGUUAGUUCUAGUUCUACUCGGGUAAUUUCAACUCCUUUUACUCUUUUUAUGCUGUUUAUAUGGCUCUAAUCUAUUUUAUAGUCAUCUUCCUCCAGUUCACGCACUUCAUCAUCCCGACUGGUAUGUUUUCUCCAAACUUUGCAUCUCACAAUUACUGUUUUACCAUGAUAAUAUAAUAACACAUUCUCAAGAGCUUGGGUGGCCCCUCUACUACCUCUAGAUCUGCUACUAUUUUCUCAUCCACUCGAACUUCAUCAUCCAGUUCCGUCCGUUCAACUUCUAGUGCUGCUGCUAUAAUAGUAUCACCUGAUGGAACUUGUGGACUAGGCCAGCAUCAAAGCUUGACGCUUUCGAGAUCUUCAACCUCUUCAGCGUCAUCUAGAUCGUCUUCAGGAUCUGUUGCGGUAAAUAUCGCUUCCGUUGUUGGUAUGAUAAAUGCUAAAAUAUCAAAUAGGGUCAAGGACAAACUACUAGCUCCAGAUCAACCUCAACUUCUAGAUCUUCGUCGUCAUCCGUUGUGGUAACUAUUGCAUCUAUUAUCAAUUAUCUUAUUGGUACGACGAAUGCUAAAAUUUCGACUAGGGCCAAGGAUUAAGUACCAGUUCUACAUCAAGAACAUCUAGGCCGAUUACCGGUUCUACAAUAAGAUCAAGUACAUCUGGUACCACUUCGGCGGCACAAAUUGCUCCAACUUCCAGUACCAAGUCUAGUAUUAGAUCAUCUUCAUCUUCUAGAUCUAGGUCUUCCUCAACAUCACUUGUGGUUAGCCUUCCAUUCUCGGGUCUCUCUGAUUUUUAUAUGUGAUGAAUAUUGACUUGAUGUUUAGGGACAGGCUCUGACUACCAGUUCGACAAGAGCAUCUACAUCAUCUUCUAGUUCUAGAUCUUCUAGGUCUUCAACAUCAGUUGUGGUUAGUCUUCCUUUCUUAGAGCCCCAUUUCACCUCCUUUCUUUUGAUAGAUGUUGACAUGAAUACUAGGGCCAAACAUUGAGCACCAGUCCGACAAGAAUAUCUACAUCGUCUUCGAGUACCAGAGCCAUCGCGGCCACAGUUAGCACAAGUUCAACUCGCUCAACUCGCUCAUCUUCGUCUGUCAGUGCAUCCGCCAGCGCUUGCAGAACAGUUGCAGCACCUGCUGUAACCCUUGCUUUAACGCUCAGAGACUGCUGUCAAUACUACAUCACAAGGGACGGCGACACGUGUGCUAGUAUUGCCGCCCGCCCUGGUAUUCUCGGCUUGGAUAUCGCUGUUUUAGCGCGUCUCAAUCCAACCUUGAGGCCCAAGCCGGUGUCGCCGUUUGUAUCCAAAAUGUUCAACUAUCCCUCAUAGGCUCUCUCGUUGAUCCCCCUGAGGUUUCAUCUUCUUCACCUGUCCCGUCUCCAAGCCCAUCUCAGACUGUUCCCGAAAGCUUCUUUAUCCAGGCUAGAAAUUCGGGAACGGGUGGCGAUGGAACUGGUCUCAUGAUUUCACAAUCUCCGGAAUAUUUCGCUGGCUUUAAUUUACCUUAUGGUCAACAAGUUUUCCCAUUUACUUACGACCCUGCUACCGGAUAUUUGACGUCAAAUCUAUAUAUUCUAUGGGCUAUCGCAUAUACACCUCCAUCCGUCAAAGUCGCUCCCGCAGGCUACACAGAAUGGGUGGUACCAGCUUGGCCUUUGGUUUGUAGUGUGGAUGGAAAUUUGAAGGUGUCGUGUACGGCCAAUGGAAAUAUUUAUGGGGCAUUCUUUCUCAUCAAUGGUAUGUUAUUAUUCUUCAAUAAUCCUAUAAUGUGGUCAAAAUACAUAAGAAGGAACAAAUUUACUAAUAGAUUAAAUAGCAAACAACGAUGGACAAACCGAAAUUGGCAUUGGAAAUGCUGCCACGGCGGGUAGCUCACUUAUUGUUGGGACAGUUGAUCUCUAUCUUGUUGCAAAUGAGGGGGGUUAGAGAUAGGUCGUUUUCAAGUGUGUUUGGCAAAAUCGGGUUGGUUCUAUUUUCCAUUUGGCACUUUGUUAUUUCCUUCUGAAGCUUUCUUUGAAUUUGGUCAGGCUAGUCCGUUUUCGAUUGGAGUACCUCUGGUUUUGGCUGGGCAAAUGGAUACAGGAUAUAUGGAUGAGAUGCCUUUUAGGGCUAUGAAAAAUGAUGCGUCAAUGUCGUGCGAUGUUUUUAAAUAGUCAGUGAGUCUUGCCUAGUUAGAAUAGUUUUCUGUGAUCGGAGAU